AUGGCGGGCUUUGGGUUCUCCAUAGCUGAUAUCGCUGCCGUAGGCACGUUUGCGUGGAAUCUCUACAAGUCUUGCAAGCAUGCAGGUCAGGAGUUUCGCUCCCUCACAGGCGAUGUGGGCGCGCUUCAAUCGGUUCUCCACGAACUGGGCGACGAAACAAGCAACCCGCACUCGCUGAUCCACCGUGCCGGAGAACACCAGCGGAAUGAGCUUAGAAGGCUCAUGAAAGCCUGCAAGUCAGACCUACAAGACCUCGAAAAACUGCUCGCCAAAUACAAAUCCCUGAAAACGUCCGAUCCGCAGACUCGGGACCGACUCGGCUUCAACAGCAAUCGACAGUCGGAAAUCCGAGUUAAGCUCUCUGGACACACAGACCGCCUGAACCUCUUCCUUACACAGUUGAACACCAGUGCACUCGGGAGAAUUGAGAUGAACGCAGAGAUGCACACGAAAGCCUUUGGGGAGAUCAAGAAAAAGCUUGAUUCGAUUCACCAGGAUGUUCUCGCGGGAAAGAAAGAUCCAGCGCUGCUGACGAGCAUGGAGGAUUGGGGAUCGCUCGAAAAGGAGCUAGUCGACGACAAUAUCACAGAAGUCGACGUCGAGCUCAAUAAGGACUACAUCGCCGAAUGGCUUAAGACACGCGAGAGCGAAACAAGCGGAGUCAAUCCACCGGAACGUUCAGGCAUCGUCGACGCACCGCUACCCUCGCCGCCCUUGCCCGACGUCGAAGACUUCCAAACCAAAUCUGCAACCGAGAGACUGAGGCAGUAUCAUGCGACGGUUGAGGAUGCUGAGAACAACGACGAUGAUGUCUCUGAUCCUUACGCUAUGGGUAAUGCGGAGCAGCAGGAUUUCAAUGAGGGUAAUUCCGAUAGCGAUGCAUCGAGUACCGCCAACUCCAAGGGAUCCACGGUCAAUAAUGCAACGGGAGCAGCCCCUUCCGCUGGCACGUCUCUGUCUUCGCCGCCAAUAGGUGGUCUACCUGCAUCGCACCUUCGCCAGCCACAUUUGACUCCCUCCACUGAGCCUCUAGGAAAGUUUCAACACAAUGAUGAUUCCGUUAGUUCUUCUGGCUCCAACCGGGCAAUUUGGGGGACACCAAGACGGCGUAAAUCUCCGUACAGAUACUCAUCUACACACCAUUCGAAACAGGGCGGGCUUGGUUCCAGAGAUCAUGUCGAUGAAUGGCUCAGCAAGAACCAUGCCGCUAGUUCAGAAAGUGAAGACGGUGAAGAAUCCUCUCGCGGAUACUUCGAGCCGAGUCAGCCGACUGGUCAUCCACACCAGGGGCGGCAAGAAACCAGCGCCGAAUCAACAUACUUUCCACCACGCAUUCCAACGCCAUGCAGAGGCGCUGUCGGUGCUGGCGAGGAUAGGAAUAUGAUCGCAGACGACUCCCCCUUCAGCUCCAGCAUGGGCGGAGGCGGUGGUCCAGGCGAUGCACGCACAUCCCACUUCUCGACCGGCGACGGCGGGUUCAGCUUCUCGAACACGGAGGACAUAUUCGCUGAGUUUUUUGGACAGAAUGGGGUUGUGGGCGGUGGGGGAGGUUUCUUUGGGGGGCUGGACGGGAUGGGCGGCAGACCUGGAGCAGGACGGUCGGCGUCGUCGAGGUUCGGGGUGGACUUAAAUGGCAGCGCGAGUAGGGGACAUGCGACGCCUGAGGUCACAGUCCUGGAGAAGCCGCUCUUGGUCAGCCUCGAGGAGCUAUAUAACGGCACCAUAAAGAAGAUGAAAAUCAACCGAAAAACGUAUGACCAACUGUUGGGAAAGACAAGCACGCAAGACCGUAUCUUAGAGGUGCCGAUCAAGAAAGGCUUAAAGGCUGGCUCCAAGAUUAAGUUUGCAGAUGUUGGAGAUCAAGGCCCCAAUACCACACAGGAUUUACAUUUCAUCGUCAAAGAAAAGGACCAUCCGAUGUUUAGACGGGAGCUAGAUGAUCUCCAUACUACUAUCAGUAUUCCACUGAGCGAGGCACUCUGCGGCUGGAGACUCACGGUACAAACAAUUGACGGGAGGCAAGUACUCGUCUCCGCCGCUGGCCCAACCCAACCCACUUACAAGGAACGGUUCCCUGGCCUUGGCAUGCCCAUUUCCAAAAGGCCUGACGAGCGGGGCGAUCUGGUCAUUAGUGUCAGUAUUCAACUUCCACUCUCCCUGACGCCCGCACAGAAGGUUGCUUUGAGGGAGAUUCUACCACUAUGA